AUGACAGCAGAGAUGAACCUUCCUCGAAGCCUGAAAUGGCUUCAAAAAGGCCGAGGAGAAACUGCAGACAUCAUGUACAUGAAGAUCGCACGACCACUGCAGACCCACAUGCUGCAAACAGUCCGUUCGACCCACUACAUCUGCACCAUGACCUGGGCCGUCCUGUUGUGCCUUAAUUGUCCCUACAUUGUUGCAUUUUUCAGCGCUGAUAAACAAACCUUAGCCCACAGUGGUUUCGACUGUGACAGCUUUCAUAACAACUUUCUCCAACAGAUCUACUUGGCCUUGCAGAUCAUGUUCUUUUUAAUGUUUUUCUUUGUGCUGGUAUCCCUGAUUCUGUUUUACUGGCUGAACGUACGGAAGCUUUGUCAAGCACAGCUUACGAUACCAAAUCAGCAUGGUAAUUUUAAGCUGAGCAACUCAAAGCGUAACAUGCGAGUUUUGGUGGUCAUUUUCUGUGUGUGUUUUGUGCCGUAUCAUCUGGUGAGACUGCCAUACGUGUUCAUCAAACCCCUGCUGAACGACUGCACAACAGAGCAGGUUUUCUACUUCCUGAAGGAGCUGACCGUCCUGCUCGCAGUACUUAAUGCCUGUUUGGAUCCACUUAUCCACUUUGUCUUUUGCAAGACCUUCAGAGCACAGCUUAACCUUCAGAGAUUUUGCUAAUCAGAUUGAGAUAUAAAGCUCUGGGUUAAAAGUAAAUAUUAAGUUGAAUUACAGGGAAAUUCACCCCAAAAUGAAAAUUCUGACACUGUUUGCUCACCAUCAUGUUGUUUCAAACCUGUAUGUGUUUCUUUGUUCUUUCAAACUCAAAAGAAGGAUGUGUGUAACAGUUGAUGGUAGCCACUGCCUUCCAUUAUGGAAGACAAAAAUACUA